GAGUACUCAAACUAUAUGCCAUGAGAUCAAUUUCGAGUACUUGAAAAAAUAUCCUUGAUGAGAUUAUGAGUCUUUAAACAAUAAUUCAACAUGGUUUCUAAGAAAGUUCUUGAGUAUAUGCGAUAUUUUUUUCGUAUCUUGUUUAUCACUAUUGCUAACCUGAUAGCUAUCCCAGCAUACAUUGUGUAUGCCUUGCUUUUGUAUCCUAUAAAAAAAUAUUACCCAGAAUUCUACUGGACACAUGUAGAGCCACGUCUGUUUCAAGCACUGUUGGGAAUGGUAGCGAGCUGGUUGUACUCAGGAGGAUAUAAAGUGAUAGAAUCAGGGGAUGAUUUAACCAGCAUACUAGACAAAGAAGCGUUGGUUUUAGUAAAUCACCAAUCCACGUCUGAUGUACCGAUUUUAAUGAGUAGUAUGUACCCAAAAGGUCUGGCAUGUGGAUCAAUGACUUGGGUCAUGGACUAUAUUUUUAAAUUUACGAACUUUGGAUGGAUAUCCUACUUCCAUGAAGAUUUUUUUAUAUGUCAGGGCAAAGAUGGUAGAGAUAAAGAACUAGUUAAAUUAAAGAAGCACAUGUUAAAUUCUUACCUGCCGACAGGUAAAAAAUGGAUAGUUGUGUUUCCUGAAGGAGGAUUUCUGUACAAACGCAAAAAAUCAAGUCAACAGUAUGCCAAGAAACAUAAUUUUCCCGUGUUAGAACAUGUGACACUGCCUAGAAUUGGAGCAGUCAAGGUCAUAACAGAUUCAUUAUAUCAUGAUACUCUACAGAAUGGAGUGAAAAAAGAAAGUUCAGUUCCUGCCAAGAGAAAGCUGAAAUGGGUAAUAGACAUAACCAUUGGUUACCCUGAUCGAGAUUCAUUAAGUUUCCCGGGAAUGAUGGUGGGAAUAUUUUCUCCACGUCAUAUAAACGUUCACUACCGUGCCUAUCCAGUUACAGAAGUACCACACGAUUCAAACCAUUUACAGACAUGGUUAUAUGACAGAUAUAUUGAAAAAGAAGAAUUACUGGAACUGUACUACAACAAAAAGACAUCUAUGAACCAUACAGACAGACAGACACGACAUCUCCCAAAAUUGUCAGAACAAGAAAUAAAAGUAGAUUAUUAUGGAAUCGUCUUCAUACAUAUAUUUUACUUCAUAUCUUCUUAUGUAUUCUGGCAUGCUAUAUAUUUACAUCUCUUCACAGUCAUUGGUUUUUGUUUUAGUUUAAUAUUUUGAAAUGCAGUCAUUUGAUUGGUUGGUGCUUUAUUUUAUUGUUAUUAAUAUCUGUGUUGAGUUUUUAGAGAUUUAUGUAGUUUUUGUUAAAUUUGAUUUGUUUUGAGUACUUUUCAGGUGCUUAAAGAAAAUUUGUUUUUUAUGUUACUUUUGUUUUAUAGCUAUAACAAAUUAAACCAUUUUAUUGAACAAUGUAGAUUUAAUUAUGUAUGUAUAAAUGUUUUCAUUUGAAUUAUUUGUUCAAAACUGUACUUGCCAAGUACUUAGUGAUUUAUUUUUUACCUUAUUCUUGCUUUUAUAUUUGUUAACUUUUUAUUUUAAAAAUCCCAACUCUAAACAUGCUAUAUUUUGUUGAAGAUGAAGGAAGGGGUCCACUGAAAAAUAUUGCCAUAAAAGUCAAAAAUCAGGAAAGUACUAAGAACCAAAUUUUUUGGCAAUAAGGGUGACCCAGUCACCCCUGAAAAC